AUGGUGAGCCAGCAGCGCACUCUACAGGCAAGCCCCCUUCCCAGGACUCUCGCCAACCCCAAUUCGACGCUAACACUUAUCGCCAGCGCCCUCUUCCGGAGGAACUACACCAUGCUUGCUCUUGUCUUUACUGGCGCCUUCGCUUUCGAAAUGGGCUACGACAACUUGAUGAACAAAGUCUGGGACAACUACAACCGAGGGCGCCAAUGGAAGGACAUCCGGCACAAGUACGUCGAGGGCGGGGAUGACGAAUAA